UGACCCCCACCGCCGGGGGAACUUACACAAUCGCCCCAAAGCUCCAUCCCUCUACACCGCCCCCCAGCCUGGUUGGAGGCCACGCAGAUAAAAGCGUGGGGGGGUGGUGGUGCUGCUGGUGGUGGUUGGGGUUGUGUUCGAGAGGAGCAGAGAGAGAGAGAGUUGGCGCUGCGGCGCUCUGGUCCAGCUGCCGGUAACGGCACCGAGGGUGCGUGGAGGGCAUCCGCUGUGAAGAUAAACGGAGACACGCAUAGAGAGAGACACACACACACAAGGAGACAAGAGACACGGAGAUACAGGGAGAUAGUGACACGCAGAGACACAAAGACACACAUUGAGACACACAUGGUCUGACACAGAGACACACAUUGAGACACACAUGGUCUGACACAGAGACACACAUUGAGACACGCGGGGUCUGACACAGAGACACACAUUGAGACACGCGUGGUCUGACACAGAGAAACACAUUGAGACACGGGAGGGUUUGCUGCUGCUGCUGCCCAUGGCUCGCCCCUGCGGGAAUCUGUGCGGCGGGGAGAGAUGCAGGGCGCUCUCCCGGUUCAUUCCCGUCAACUGGAAGAGCGAACUCCGGGAGGUGGUCAUGCUCGCCGUGCCAGUGACCGUGUCCAGCUUCCUCAUCUUCUGCAUCAGCAUGGUGAGCACAAUCUUCUGCGGCCACCUGGGGAAGAUCGAGUUGGACUCCGUGAUGCUGGCGUCGGCGGUUCUCAACAUAACGGCGAUCGCCGUGGGCGUUGGGAUGUCCCUGGCGUGCGACACGCUCAUGUCACAGGCGUACGGAGCCAAGAACCUGCACGAGGUGGGCGUGAUCCUGCAGAGAGGCAUCAUCAUCCUCAUGCUCUCCUGCUGCCCCUGCUGGGCCCUCUUCCUCAACAUCCGCCCCUUCCUGCUCAUCAUCGGCCAAGACCCCGAGGUGGCAAGGCUCGCGAGCCUCUACGUGCUGAUCUGCAUCCCGGCUCUGCCCGCCAUAUUUUUGCACCAACUGGAGAGCAAGUAUCUUCAGAACCAGAGCAUCACGAUGCCACAGGUGUACACGGGCCUGCUGAUGAAUGGCUUCAACGCACUCUUCAACUACAUCUUCAUCUACGUUAUGGAAAUGGGUGUACCGGGCUCGGCGGUGGCGUACGUGAUCUCCACCUACAGCCAAACCAUCUUGCUCUUCAUCUACAUCCGAGUGAAAGGCCUGCACCGCAACACCUGGGCAGGUUGGUCCUGGGACUGCCUGCAGAACUGGGGGGUGUUCAUGCGUCUGGCUCUGCCCAGCCUCGUCAUGGUGUGCAUGGAGUGGUGGGCCUACGAGGUCGGCAUCUUCCUGACCGGUGUCCUCGGAGUGCUUGAGCAGGCGUCCCAGGCUGUCACCUAUCAGCUGAUCACCAUCACGUACAUGAUUCCCCUGGGGCUCUCUGUGGCGGUGAACGUUCGCGUUGGAAAUGCUCUUGGCGCUGGGCGGCCGGAACAAGCCAAAAACUCUGCCAAAGUGGUCAUGAUCUGCAUCGGCUUCAUGGAGUUGCUGAACGCCGUCAUCCUGGUGGCGGGCCGUCACGUCGUGUCCUACGUGUUCACCACUGCGCACGACGUCAUCGACAUGGUGGCGGCCAUCAUUCCGGUGUGCGCCGCCUAUCAGCUCUUCGAGGGGAUUGUGGUUGUGAGUGGUGGGAUCCUGCGUGGUGGAGGGAAGCAGAAGGUCGGUGCCGUCGCCAACUUCAUGGGUUACAACGUAUUCUCUCUUCCCAUCGGCAUCAGCCUCAUGUUCUGCACCUCGCUACGCGUCAUCGGUCUCUGGAUCGGCAUGCUGGUCGGCCUCAUGAUGCUGUGCAUCUUCAUGAUUUUCUACGUGUGCCGGUUGGACUGGAAGGCCAUGGCCAAUGAGGCCCAAGAGAGAUCCGGCAUUGGGGUGAAACCACCGAAUGUGGAGGAGCAACAGGAUGCCGACAAGGAUAUCAUCGGACUCUCCGGGCUACCUGCAGAACACGACUCCAGCGAAAUGUCACCCGAAGUCAUUGUGCUGCCUUUAAACGGCACCGACUCGAACGCGGAUAUGGAGGGACUCGAGGAGCUGAACGCACCCGGACAUCCGUUGUCGACCCUCACCCUGUGCCAGCUGCUGCUGCGCCGUUCCCUGGCCGCGCUGCUGUCGCUGGCGGUCCUGGCGGCCGGCAUCACUGUGAGGAUGAUGACGCAGGUGGAGGACUCGCCGGCGCGGCCGACGCCGACGCUGUUCAACAGCACCGUCACGGAGGGCUCGCGGUUAUUACCGGUGUAGCGAACGGGCCAAUCGGUCGACCGUUUUGGCCUGGCACGCAACAGUGUGGUCUCAUUGGCAGUGCUUGGAGCUGCUGGUGGUGAUGACGAUGAUGCAUAUGUACCCAUGAUGAAGUGGGGCUCCCUAAGAGUGGAGUGGCUCAGACAGCACGACGAUGCAGUGCAGUGGGAGGGCUCGCCAGUGCAGGUGACCGACAGUCCCAUACAGAGGAUGUUCCUGGCCAUUUUUGGCCCAAAAAUAAGAACUCUUGGAUUUCAAGCCAGGUUGAACCUUGCUUUCGUUUGUUUUUUAUUCUCUCACUUCAAUGACCAUUUAGUACCCUGUGAGAGACCCAUGCCCGUCCGUGAGUCAGAGUACUAACGGGACUCGAGAAAUCUGAGCCCAUGACCGAAGUUCAAUGGGACCCAGAGGCAGUAAGGUGUAAUUUAUUUUUCAUGAAGGGCACGUUAAUGUACGUUUUUUUUAUUGAUUUUUUUGGACCAAAUAUAUUAUCUUGACUUGUUAUUCCACUUGAAUCUCGAGCCGUGUUCCGGUGUUGAAUUAUUAAAACGUGCAAAGACGCCUCGUAAUGAAUAGACGUACGGCGUGCAUGAGCAUGGGCAUGGGCACCACUGGGUGAUGGAGCGUGCAUGAACAAAGCUGUGGUAAGAGAGAGUUCAGUGAGACGCAUAGUACAGGACAUGGGGAGUUGCUGGUUGUCAGCAAAAUCACAAUGAUUUCCAUCGGUGCUAUGCACAGCGUGCAUCUUCUGCCGAGUUAUCUUGACAUUGCACUAUGGUGAUGUUUUAGACGUAUAUACUGUAAAGUCACGUGUGGGAGUGGUGGUGCAGUGGUUAGCAUACUUUGUUAUAAACCCGGUGACCAAAGUUCGAUUCCCGUCCGUGGCAUAUGUGGCGAACGAUGUAUGUACCGGUCCUAGGCUGGCCCCCUUCACAACCCAGCACUGACUACUACGGUGAAGUAUGGUCAAACAACCCCCACAAACUGACGGUGUGGGGAAGCCUUCAUUCAGCAGUGGAUUGACAAAGGGCGAUUAAUAUACUAAUCUGAUACAUACUGUACUGUAUAUGAAUGUGCACCACUGUCGAGGUUUAAUUUUACUGUGCUUUAACGUAAUUAUAUACUGUAUAUGCUGUCUGCAAGACGAGGCAUACAACCUCUGAAGGCUUACAAAUAAUACAGGUAGGAACAACAGGUUCCACACUGCCCACCAGGGAUUAUUUGUCUGUCGUGCAUAUUUGUCUGUCGUGCACGAAUGCGCUGUCCAACCAAGUUCCUACCUGCCCACUCCGAAGGAACGUGUUAUAUUGCACCUGUGGUGAGCCCACGCAUUAUGGUCGAGGCAGGCCUCACGUGAGAGUGGCAACAUCUUGUCUUCAUAGGGCAAAGAGAAAGCUGCAGCCCUGCAAUGUCUUGCUGAUGCCCGCUACUGCUGGCUGUAAACGCUGCCCACGUCCUGCAAUGAAUUGGGGGCAGCUGAAUGAACGGGGGCAGCGGUCACCAUACCUGCCCACCGUUGUAUAUGUCGGGUCUUGAAAAAUUAAUAAAAUUAAUAAAAAUGUAAUGAAAAUGGGAAAAUCUGUAAUUAUCCGAAAGCAUGCUAAUUUAUGUAAGUAUGAACAUAAUGUAUGCUAAUUAGGGAGGUGUACUUGUGCUAAGUUAUGCAAGUGUAUGUAAUUAUGCUAAUAUAUAAUUAUGAUAAUUUGUCUCUUCGUCGUUGUCUCGGGUCGUAUUAUCAAUCGGGAUAAUACAAUGAAUGGUAUGAAGCUAUGCAAGUUAUGCAGUGUGAUGUAAGUAUACAACACCACCAAUCGGCAGUAUUUUUAAUCUCACCAGUUUUUAUAUGACAAUUUUAAACGGGUAGUUUCAUUAUAUAUCAAAUAUAUUACUCUACACUGAGAGGAGAAUUCGCAGCAGUGCAAGCCUCUGUCAACGGUCCUGUUCAACUCCAGGGAGCAAGACACGUUGUUAUUCAUCUGCCUUUGGCUGCCUCUCUCUAUUAAAUAAAUACACCCAACACGUAGGCUUUCGCGACCAAUAUUCAUAAUAAAGGUUUUUGGGUUAGAUCGCGUUAUUUAUAAAUGUGUCGUAACCCUCCACCACCCGACACGGCCAAACAAUAAAAAAUGUGUCACGUUUACAAAAGACCAAUAGUUCACUACUUUAGACCACCGGUGUGUUGAAGAGUGAAUCAACAUGAUUUUAAAUUUGAGUACGACGUUUCGCUGGAAAUUACAUCCAGCUUCAUCGGGCAAUUUGUCAGAAUGGUGAGGCUCUCCACAUUUAUAAAUAACUCGAACUAACCCAAAAACCUUUAUUAUAAAUACACCCAGUCACUGCUUUUGCACAGCAUCUUAAGGCGCCCUAUAAAUCCACGUCGCGCCGUAAUUUGUGCAUGUGUCGCGGCGAAUUCCGCUUGACGUGAAUCUCCGCAUUCGUGUUGGGCCAUCGGUGGCCACCUUCGUGAAAGUACCUUCGUUGAAAAUUGUUUUUCGUUGAUAUUUAUUUAGAUAGAAAACGCAGGGAAAUUGUCCACACGGGUUUAACGUGAACGUCGCCGGUCGCCACGUGUGUCACGUGUGCGUACGAGUGCACGUACCCAGUAAGUACGGAACGUUGUUCCAACGUGGAGCCAAGUUCGCUGAUCAGUUUCAACCACAUGCCGACGUUCGCCCAACGUUACAUGUUUCCAGGGGGGUCUGUGCAUCUGUGCACGUAUGUGCUGCACCGAACAACACGGCUACAUGCACUGCUCCGUAAUUGUGUUGAUAAAAUUCUAUUCAGCCUGGAAUAAAGCACCGUAAUGCUGAACAA